GUCAGGAACUGUUCAACACCAUCCACGUUUGUGUUUGGCCAGAUCAGGACCAUCUCUCGUGUCAAAAGAGACAAUUUUCUCCAGUUUUCUCCGUUUAUUCGAAUCAUGCAGCAGCUGCCUCUGCUGAAGUCCGGGGACAAAAUGGAGGAUUUUGGUGAACGAUGUAGGGAACUUCCUGCUACACAAGCUGAAGGAUGGGCAUCAUGGAGCGACAGGGCGGGACUUCCUGUACUGACUCAGCCCGGUCUCGGAGUAACGACCACGACGGUGACCACUCUCACACAGACGGGCGGAGACUGGAGUACGGGUCUGUUUGAUGUGUGUGACGACGCCAGCACCUGUAUAGCGGGUGUGUUUAUGCCGUGUUGUCUGGAUGUGAUUUUGGCUCAUCAGUAUGGAGAGUGUUUGUGUCUGCCUCUGCUACCUGCCUCCACUCUGGCGAUGCGGGUCGCCUUCAGAGAACGUUUCAAAAUCAGGGGCAGUGUGUGUGAGGACUGGGUGACGGUUUUCUGCUGCUAUCCUCUCGCUGUGUGUCAGAUGAUGCGGGAGAUGAAGAGGAGACUGAAGAGACAGAUGUACACUGUUACCACUACACUAGAGUGCUCCUGAGAGACUGUGUGUGUGUGUGUGUGUGUGUGUGUGUGUGCGCGUGUGUGUUAAACCUGACGCACUCAAUUACCAGUUUUUGGACAAUUAAUUGCAUUCAAUUCAAUAUAAUUGUAUUCCUUUAGCUCUUUUAAGACUAGACAAUGUCCCAAAGCAGCUUUACAGGAAUCCAGAUGUAGAUUUAGAUCCAUGAUGAAGAAGCGAAAGGAAACAGAUGUGAAGGAAAACUCCCUGAGACGACAUGAGGAAGAAACCGGAAUGCAGAUGGAAGCCGUCCCCUCCUGAGCGAUCUGUCUGGAUUAUCGGUGUGAUUAUUAUAAAGACUCGGUAUCCAGGUGUAGAUAUAAGAAUAAGAACAAACAGAACUGAGUGUGUGUUCACGACUAUAAGUGUGAGGUUUAGAUGUGAAUAAGAGUGUGUAUGAUCACAUUCAGAUCGUUCAGCACUGGUGCACAAGUCCACGAGCUCGGUGCGCGUUUCCUGACGUUUCCACCACAUUCUUCCCCGUUUCUGAAUCCUUUUGAAGAUGGAAGUGUGUGAAACCUGUACGAGAGAAAGACACGGAUUCAACACGCUGUAUUUCUCCCUCGGAGCGUGGCUCCGUGAGGAGGGGUGUGUGAUGUAGAUGAGCUCAGGAAUAAAUGGUUUAAUGACUGAAAUCAAAUUCUUGUUUUACAAAACAGCUCAGUUUGAAAUGUGUCAAAGUUGGCAAACGAGUCAUUUAAGGAAUUAUAAAAUAUGACCUUUCGUUUUUGAGAAAUCGUCCCAUCAAUAUGUUUUAUCUUUAGUGUACACGUCUGAUUAUAAUAUAUUAUAAAUGCAUAAUUUAAUCAAAAGGUGAGCGGUUAUUCAGUAGUUCAGUAUUCACGAGAUGAAAGCAGGAUUUCAUUUGAAUUAUUUUCCACAAUAUGAAUGAGUUCACAGUUUUGCGAGCACUGC